AAGACAUGACGCCGGGAAUAUUAUAAUCCGACCCGACGUCACUGGAGGGCUUAUCCAGGAACUUCCAAAGCCCACGACGUUGGUGGCCAGGUCCGUUGGCUAUCGCAUCACCUUACAUUAGCUAUCAUCGACAGCGAAAAACGAUCUACAUAUUUCUCCCAAUCUAUACCUUGCCUUACCAGGGCCCGGCAAAUUCAUUCAGACACAGCUCGUCUGGAAAGUUCAUAUUUUCGACCAAAUACCAGUUUUCGGCGGGGCGAGGCACCUUGGACCUAUCUGCACUUAGCACGAUAGUCCGCCACUACAAACGAACCAUAAAUCCACACAACCUCGCGCCGUUACGUUUGUCAACAACACCACUGCCUUUCAUCCCUUCCAUCGACGAGAAAUAUAAUCUUUUUUGCCUCAACUCUAUCCCGAGAAUUUCAUCGCUUGGUAGGCGUCAUGGACGAGGCAGUGGGGGAUUUCUGCGCCAUCACUGGCGCAACUCCCCAGGUUGCACGACACUUCUUGAACCUUUCCGAUAGCAACCCAAACCAAGCGAUACAGCUGUUCUUCGACUCACCCGAGCUGGCAUCUGCCGCGAACGAGGAAUCUCAACAUAUACCACCUGCUCCAGCUGCUGCAUCUAGUCGCCCUCCAGCGAGGAGUACGUCUGGGGGUCACGAAGACGAACAUGGAGUCGUCCACCUAGACUCCGACAGCGACGACAAUGCAAUGGACGAAACCGAUGAUGAUAUCGUGGAAACGCAUACACCGCCGGCUCCAACUUCAACGACGGCUCCACAAAUCUCUGCGUACGAAGACGAUGAAGCUAUGGCACGAAGGCUCCAAGAAGAGAUGUACGCUGGGGGUGAUAUGGGUGGAGACUUUGAUGCAGAUGGCGUGAGAGCCCCUAUUGCAAGAACAACCGAGACACUGGUCGGGCCAGGUGCGGACUGGGGCUCAGAAGAUAUGCAGAGCAACGUCCUCCAGCAGAUGCGUCAAAGGGCGGCCAUGGCGAGACCAAGAGGGAGGCCUAGCGUUUUCAACCAAUACGCAUCUUCAUCUUCGAUAUGGGAAAAUGCCGAUGCUGGACCUGCGGCGCAUAGAGAAGGUCUGGCUGCUGCCACAGGGGGUCAAUCAGAGACAUCUACGAAAGCUGCUAGACUUGCAGAACUCUUCCGUCCUCCAUUUGAGCUUAUCUCACGACUUUCUUGGGACGAUGCGCGUGAUCUGGGAAAAGAGGAGGAGAAGUGGAUUCUGGUCAAUAUCCAGGACUCUGCCGUUUUCGACUGUCAGGCUCUUAAUCGUGAUAUUUGGAAGCAUGAGGGAAUCAAAGAGACUGUCAAGGAGAACUUCAUCUUCAUGCAGUAUUCCAAGGAUGACCCGGCUGGGCAGCAAUACAUCCAGUACUACUUUCAGCAACACGAGGACCAAAAUGCGUACCCACACAUCGCCAUUGUCGACCCUCGUACGGGCGAGCAGCUGAAGGUCUGGUCUGGUCCACCGGCUCCCAAGUCCAUGGAUUUUCUAAUGCAACUCCACGAAUUCCUUGACCGCUACAGCUUGGACGUCACGGUCAAAAACCCAGUCGCCAGGCGAAAGGCCGAGAAGCCUCCAUCCAUGGAAGUCGAAAAACUCACCGAGCAGCAGAUGAUGGAUCUAGCACUCCAGAACAGCCUAUCGAAUGGUGCCGACACCGAAAGAAAGCACCACGAUCCCGAUGAUCUGACCAAAAGCAUCGGCGACAUCAGCAAGGGCAAAGGGAAAGAGGAGGAAGAACCAGAAGCCCAGGACGAGGAAAUGGAAGACGUCAACGAAGAGGUUAACGCUGCAUUUGCAAGCAUACCAUCUGAUCAGCCCCAUACGGAACCUACCCCUGACCCAGUCACCACUACGCGCAUCCAGUUCAAGCACUCCGGCGGCCGCGUCGUGCGCCGCUUCAACGUCGCGGAUCCCGUGCGGAGGAUCUACGAAUGGCUUAAGUCGGACCCAAUUGAUGGCAAGGUCGGCGUCGCGUUCGAGCUCAAGAAGAGCAUGGGUGGCGACCUCAUUGAGAUCCUGGACCAGCCGAUCGCCGAUUCGGGCCUGAAGAAUGGGACAGUCAUGGUGGAGUAUUUAGAGGGUUAGUGGGGUGUGUGAGGGUUGGGUUAGAUGAGAUAAGGGCAUUUUCGUGGGGUUUAUGAAUGGAUGGAUGGAUGGGUGUGAUAGGGGGCGUUUGGCUUGAGUUAAUGAUCACGGUCUAGAUCUAGAAUGGAGGAGAAAACAGUGAGAUAGUUCAUGUCAUAGAGGGAAGAAUGGUGAUGGCCAUACCUGAACCAGACCUGACUCCGAGCAGUGGAGAGUAGCUGAAGGCGCGGAUUUCAACAGAAACAGAUGCUCAUAUAGGCACAAGAGGCAGAAGUAGUAAUAUAC